AUGAAUACCUUGGAGAAGUUGGAUCUUAAGGAUCCGCGUCUUUACCGGCGGAAGGCUUGCAUCAAUGGAAAGACAUAUGGCUAUCUUUAUGCAGAGCCAAAGGAAGGAUAUUCUCGAACAGUAUUCUUGAUCCAUGGCUUUCCAGACCUUUCCAUGGGCUGGAGAUAUCAAAUACCUUUUUUCUUGGGGCUCGGACAUCGUGUAAUUUGCCCGGACUGUUUGGGAUAUGGCCAAUCGGACUCUCCUUCGGGAUCUGUUGUCCCUUUCAGCUUGAAAUCUCAAUGCACGGACUUUCACGGUUUAGCAGUUCAACUCGGAUGCCAAAAUAUCAUUCUAGGAGGCCAUGAUUGGGGAUCAAUGAUGGCCUCUCGCUUCGCGCUCUACUUUCCUGAUUUUGUCACACAUCUGAUCUUAUUCGUGGUUCCUUUGUUUCCACCUUCGUCUACAUACUGUAGCGUGUCUGACCUUGUCAAACUUCAGCCAUCCUUUGGUUACAUGCUUCAAUUUGGCAGUGAUGAUUACGAAAUAGAGUCACAUACGCAAUCUGAGGAUGGAAUUCGAGGAUUUCUGAACGCUCUGUAUGGAGGGCUGACCACAGAUGGACGGAGAGCCAUCAGUGCGACGAAUGGGAUAGAUUUUGAUAUUGUUUCUCAUCUGGUACCAAGCAAACUUCUGACCGAAGAAGACCUGCAGUACUACGUGAGUGAAUAUUCUAGGACGGGUCUUCGGGGACCAUGCAAUACCUAUCGAGUGCUUCAUCAGAACUUCAUUGACGAGACGCCUUUUCUAAGCAACGGUGGGGAUAAAAAAGUUGAAGUCAAUUGUCCGACGCUUUUUGUUCGCGCUAUGGAUGAUUUUGCCAUUACUUCGAGUAUGGUUGACACGAUGCUACCAUAUAUUCCACAUUUGACGAUAAAGGAAGUCCGGUCAUCUCAUUGGAUCAUGAUUCAACGCCCGCAAAAAGUGAACGAGAUUGUCCAGACUUGGCUACAGGAACAGGGUAUCAACCAGAAUUAA